AUGGAAGUAACCUGCGAAUGCAGAGCGGUGCAUUUCACCACCCCGACCCCGGCCCCGCUCAAAGUCUACCACUGCCACUGCCUCGAAUGCCGCAAGCAAUCGGCAUCCGCCUACGGCACGAGUGCCAUCUUCCCCGCGGCGGGCCUCUUCCCACUGUCGUCUGACCUCGCCUCGAAACUGCAGCUCUGGACCCGCCCCACCGACUCCGGCGGCACCAUGGACUGCUACUUUUGUAAGCAGUGCGGCGUGCGCCUGCUGCAUCGCAUCCGGGACAGCGACGGCACGGAAAGGGAGACGGUGAGCAUCAAGGGCGGGGCGGUCGCGGGGCUAGAUUGGACGGGCGCCGCGCAUAUUUAUACGAGGAGUGCGGUGGUGGAGGUGCCUGAGGGGGUGGAAGUGUGGGAGGGGGCGCCGGGGGAAAUGGUUGGGAGGAGGGAGGGCUAG